AGGGAUUCCUGGUGGAGAUCUGAGGCUGUCAGCGAUGACUCUGGUUCUGUCCAUGAAUAGAUUCUGCGAGCCCAUUGUCUCGGAAGGAGCUGCUGAAAUUGCAGGGUACCAGACACUAUGGGAGGCUGACAGCUACGGAGGCCCGAGCCCCCCAGGGCCAGCACAGGCUCCUCUGCAGGGAGACCGGGGAGCCGGCCCCCCGCUGGCAGGAUCACAUUACAGGGGAAUUUCAAAUCCUAUAACAACAUCCAAGAUCACAUACUUUAAGAGGAAGUAUGUGGAAGAAGAGGAUUUUCACCCACCACUCAGCAGCUGUAGCCAUAAAACCAUCUCCAUUUUUGAGGAGCGAGCCCACAUCCUUUACAUGUCCUUAGAGAAGCUAAAGUUUAUCGACGACCCUGAAGUGUACCUCCGAAGAUCGGUCCUGAUAAACAAUUUGAUGAAAAGGAUCCAUGGAGAAAUUAUCAUGCAGAAUAACUGGUGCUUCCCUGCCUGCUCGUUCAAUGGCGCCCCUGCCCAGGAGUGGUUCGUGGCUCAGGACUGUCCUUACCGGAAACGACCUCGGAUGGCCAAAGAGGAGUGUGAGAAGAUUCAUGCCUGCUGCUUUUACCAAGAUUGUGGUGGUCACUACCUAAAUUUACCCCUUUCUGUCAAUGCUAAUGUUGGAAGUGCCUCCACCACUGCCUCCUCCUCUUCCUCUUCCUCUUCCUCCUCCUCUUCCCCCUCCUCCUCCUCCUCCUCCUCCCCUCCUCUUCCUCUUCCUCUGCCUCGUCCUCUUACCUCUCUGCCUGUACUAAGUUGUUCCCACCAGGUGGAUUUUGAUUGUAGGCGGUGCACCGUUUACAAGGGUGACGGCCAUAUACCUGCCAGCGAAAACUUUGUUACUAAUAGCAGGCGCUUGCUCUUCACGAAACGCCAAAUUACAUGAGGCGAAUCUGACGAUGACACUCACAGAUCUGGUGUCCUCGAAAGCCAUGUAUCAUGUUGAAAUGACCUCUCGUUUGGGAGCCAAGGCCAAUUUUAUGAUUAUUUUGAGACUGGCUAUAAUGAAAAACACAGUGUCAGUGAGUCCUGGAAAAAGUCCUUGAGGAGAAAGGAGCCUUCACCGGGCAACAAACUGUGCUGCAGCAAAAGGAAGUGAAACACGAGCCAUCUUCCCACCGCAACUCUGACGCAUGCUCAGCAUGAUCAAUUAGCGCUCCUACAUUUUAUUCUGAAUGGAUUUUUCUAGUUUUGUACAACUGAUACGAUUAUGCCAUGAACAUGCCGUGUCGUUUUAAUGCCUGGAGAGCAGAUUGCGUAAAACAUCUGUAUAGUAGGCAUCAGUGAGCUACUUAGAAGUGUGGUAAUUUUUCCAAGAAAACAGUUGACUUCAUGCUUAAAAGUCUAUCUUAGUUUUCUUACAGAAAAGACCAGUAGAUUAGACCGGGGGGACAAUGCGCCCUUGUGACAUGUCCAUUAUCCCCAAGGAGCCUGUCACUAGCUAAGAAACUUCAACGUUUGCCAAUGAAUUAGGUAGGUAUUUGGUAAACAAAUCAAUAUAACCAGCAAAGGAGGUCUGCUUCGUCUAUAGCAGUGGUUCUCAACCUUGGCUGCACAUUAGAAUCACCUGGGAAUCUUUUUAAAAUCCUGAUUUCUGGGCCUCACCCUCCAGAAAUGCUGUUUCUUUGUUA